AUACUCCAUCUUGUUGAGAGGCUUAUUUUCUUUUAAAAUGAGUAUGAAACUAUCAUUUCGCAUAAUUGUAUUUUGAUAUUUUCUCUAAGUCUGAAGUCUAAGGUGUGUUAUCUUACUACAUUCAUCCGGUUUAAAAUUCAUUCCAAGUUUCUAAUUAAGGUUGUGUAUUAGUAACUUUUUUUAAAAAAAAGAAGUUAUUUAAAAAUAAUAAAAUUAUCUUAAUUUUUGUAUGUAUAAUCAUGUAAACUAUCUUGUUAUAAGCUAAUGUGUCAUGAGUAAGUAUUUAAUAAGUGCUAUAAUAGAAAAUGACUUUGAUUAACUCUAAUAAAUGGUUGAUACAUGUUAGAAAAUGAUAAUGAGGUGAAUAAACUAGCCGGUUGAGACAUUGAUUUUUUGUUUGCCAUAUAUAAAAUGUGAUUUUUUGUAUUUUAGGAAAAAAAAUAUAAAGACAUUUUCUAGAGACUAAUUACGAAGAUCGUCCACUAUCCGGCGACUCCAUUUUCAGGAAAUUUAAAUUUAAAUUUGAUAAGUCAGGUGAUUGCUCCGAUUUAGAACUCUUAGUAAAUCAAUUAUAUAAAAAUUUUCAAUGUAUAGAAUCCAACAUAUUAAAGGCCCAAAUAACAUAUUCCUACAUAAACUAAUACUUAAAUAUUUAAUAUUUAAAUAACACAUUAUUUAAAUUGUAAUUCACAAUUUCUAAUCCAACACUCACGCUUGCUGUCGUCGUCUUCCAAUUUGGCGCCACCCUCCACCGCCGGCGGUCAUAUUUUCCGACGUAGCUUCAGCCGUGCUAGCUUUAACCUCGAAAGCAAACACCGUGUUCACUUCAAUUUCAUAGUUAUUGGGAUUUCUCUAAAUUAGAAGUAUUGUUUGGGAAUUAUUGAGAGACAAGUAAGGUAAAGGAUAUGGAAGAGCAGUUUAUACUGCGAGUGCCACCAGCUGUAGCCGAAAUAAUUGAGCGGCUCUUAAAUGAUUCAUCAGCUUCUUCUGAGGACAAGAACUUGGAUAUGGUGUUUUCUGAGGAUGGAAGGACCGGUACGUUUGUUAUAGGCAAUGACCGCUUCUCUUCAUCCCUCUUGGAUCUUCCCUCUGUUGUAGAGUCUUACAAGACUUACGAUGACAACGUGUUGAUUAAAACUGCAGACAUUGGUCAAAUGAUAAUGGUGAGAGAGGAGAGUGAUGGUGUCCCGGAGGCAGUUGAGUAUAGACAUGGACUCACUCCACCCAUGAGGGAUGCUCGAAGACGGAGAUUUCGUCGCGAGCCAGAUUUAAAUCCCGAGGUUGUCCGUCGUGUAGAGAGAGAUUUGCAGAACAUCAUGGCUGGUGGAACAGCCGAGAAUAUUGGUGUUGAAAUGGUUGAGCCCAGGGAAUAUGGCGAUGAAGCUGCUCCCAAUGCGAGUAAGAAAGUGGCAUCUGCACCUUUAGCAAAGCCUGAUGCGCCUGAAGCAGGAACUGCUGGUGGGGAGCCUGAUGGGAGUGAUACUGAUGAGACCGAUGAUUCUAUGUGAACCAAACAUGAAUAUGCCAUUGGCCUAUAUUGAAUUGGUGAAGGGAUAAAACUGUGUCAGCUAUGUCUCCUAUGCAGAAUCUGGUCUCCAACUUCUGUGCCAGACUCCUCCAACACAAGGUUCUAAUCAGUUGUGUGCUCUGUUAUUUUCUAUUCAUGUGUAUGGAGCAUCUUAUUGUGCAUGUCUAAGUUACUUUGUGGAAGUUCCCUUAUAGUUGAUUCAUUUUUCAUUUUCGGGAAGUUCUCUCAUAGUUGAGUCAUUUCCAUAUAUUGUAACAUUUUUCUCUUUUUUACUUUGCUCUCUCUUACUUUA